AUGUCAGACGCCGACUUCCUCACCUCCCCCUCCCCUUCUCCAACUCCCCUCUUCCACUGCGACUACAGUGACUGGUCUCCCUCCUUCUCCAUCAUCCCAUCAGUCUACCUCAUGGCCUUCCUGGUUGGUUGCCUCGGUAAUGGAUUGGUUCUUUGGGCCUACCUGGACCGAGCCGAGGGGAGGAGAAAGAGUACAGGAGAGAAAAACUACACAGGAGUUGGGAAGUUCUGUUGCAAAAGCAUUUUCAGAAACAAUCAACAGAACAUUAGCAAUGCUGGUAGAGUUCACCGUGGCUCUUUUCCUAAAAAGAACAAAGCCUCAGGACAAAGCCACAGACCCUCCUCUCAUUCCUCUACCUCCUCCUAUCCUCCUUCCAUCCCACGUCCGUCUCGUUCACUGACAGACUCUCUUAUAGCUAGUUUAGCUUUAGCUGACCUCUGCUUCCUUGUAACUCUCCCUCUUUGGGCCGUCUACACAGCGAUGGGAUACCACUGGCCAUUUGGCCAACCCCUCUGCCAAAUCAGCAGCUUCCUCACUGCUCUCAACAUGUAUGCCAGUGUCUUCAGCCUGAGCAUGCUCAGUGUGGAGCGGUACUGGGUUCUGACUGGGCGCCGGCACUCCAGCCACCACGCCCCGCAGCGCUGCCCCAGCAGGGCUCUGUGGAUACUUGGAGGAGUGUGGGCGCUCGCAGGAGUCCUGGCACUUCCUGGUUUGCUGCUGCGCUCUGUACGGGAGAUGGAGCUUGAACCUGAAUCUAAUGAAUCGGAUGAUUGGCAGCUAGAGCCAGAUCACCCUGAUGACCCUGGAUCUGUCUUCCUCUCCUGCCAGAUGGAUUACUCCAUGCUGAUUGGAGCACAGCUGGAGGAAACAGACAGGGAGUGGGCUGAGAUUUGGUGGGCAGCUGCAUUGAGCUUGAAGUCAACUCUAAUUGGCUUCCUGCUUCCUCUUGUCAUUUUGCUGGUCUGCUACUGCUCAUUGGCUCAGCUCCUCAGUAGGCAUUUUGGUCGGGGUCCUCGCCCUGACCGCAGGUGCCAGCGCAGACUCCUCAGGGUCAUUGUCACCUUAGUGAUGGCGUUCUUCCUGUGCUGGCUGCCCCUGCAUGUUAAUAAAACUGUUUCCCUGCUGAUGGAGUUUGGAUUUGUCCCGUACUCCUGUUCUUUAGAUCAGAUCUUACUAGCUGCUCACCCAUAUGUCACUUGUUUAGCUUACCUCAACUCCUGCCUCAACCCACUCCUCUACGCUGCCUGUGACCCUUCAUUUCGGAAGAGAUGCAGAGGAGCUCUACUUCUGUUGUGCAGGAGAGGAGGAGAGAGAAAGGAGGGGAAGGAGGAUAGAGGAGAGGGAGAGAAAGAAGAAAGGAGCUCAGCUUUCCCCACAAGAACGCAGGAGGAAACAGCAGAUAGGACCGAGGAUGAGAGAGUGGAAGAAGCAAGUGGGGCGGUCACUGAGGGGUGA